AAGAGAAAGAGAAAUGGCUUCCAAAUCCCAAGUGCUGCUGAACCCACAAGUUUUGUUUGAAGAUGAAGAAGCAGAUCAAAAUUCUUCUCAAAUGGGUUUCUUCAGCACUUUCUUGCCUUCUUCAAACUUGACGUUUGUGCAGGUUCCUUCAAUGGCGGCCAUGAACAACAGCUCUCCUAAUUCGCCGCCAUUUGAGGCUCCUAAUUUCUGCACUGCUGAAACCCUUCUUUCUUCUUCUUCUCUUUUGCCAGCUCCCAAGCAGAGAGAUCACCACUGCCCCUCCUCUCAGUUUGUGGCUCACCAUCUCCUCUCCUUGCAAACAUCUAAUGCAAAUCUAUGGCCCUGGGGGGAGGUUGGAGAGAGCUUGAUGAGUGGGAAGAGAGUGAAUGGGGGAAAUGGGAAUGAGUAUCACCAUCAUCAUCACUUGGGAGUGAGUGCAAUGAAGAUGAAGAAGAUGAAAGGGAGGAGAAAGGUGAGAGAGCCAAGGUUUUCCUUCAAGACAAUGAGCGAUGUGGAUGUUCUUGAUGAUGGUUACAAAUGGCGCAAGUACGGCCAGAAAGUGGUCAAAAACACACACCAUCCCAGAAGCUACUAUCGUUGUACGCAAGAUCACUGUCGAGUAAAGAAACGAGUAGAGAGAUUGGCUGAGGAUCCAAGAAUGGUGAUAACAACUUAUGAAGGAAGACAUGUACAUUCUCCCUCCCAUGAUUCUGAAGACUCAGAAGCUCAAACUCAUCUCAACAAUUUCUUCUGGUAAAGAAGCAAAGACAGAGGAGAAAAAGAAGAGAAAAUAGGUGGAUGGGCCUAAAAUUAAUGCAUAUUAUUUGUUUGUCUUUUGGUUAAUUUCUGUAUUUUAGGCUAAUUUUCUUAAUUGUAACAGCUUAGGUUCUUUUA